AUGGCACGACCUCCUACAUCGAAGCCAGUGGUCCAGACCAUUGGCACUUGUACAAACAUUGGACAUAUCAGCUUGAGCAGGGCGCGAGAAUCCCGCCUCAGCCCAUCAGGAUAUCAACUCAAGUACGAGGCCUAUCUAAGCGGCGAGACGACCCGUGCCCCAUCAUUCGUGGGCAGCGAAGAUGAGAAGAGGGACCUUGAGCCGGGUAGCAUGGCGGAUGGCGUUGAGUAUCCUACAGGAUGGACAUUCGCCUUCAUUAUUGUCGCCCUCAUCCUCAGCAUCUUUUUGGUUUCGCUCGAUAUGACAAUCGUUGCGACCGCUAUCCCCAGGAUCACAGACGAGUUCCGGGGCCUUGAAGACGUCGCGUGGUAUGGCUCAGCCUUCUUCAUGACGGUCGGUGGCUUUCAGUCGACCUGGGGCAAGGUGUUCAAGUACUUUCCCCUAAAGAUUGGAUUCCUGGUUGCCAUCUGCGUCUUUGAGCUGGGAAGCCUGAUCUGCGGCGUGGCACCCAACUCAACAACUCUGAUCGCCGGAAGAGCCAUUGCCGGCGUCGGUGCAGCUGGCAUCGGGUCAGGGGCCUACACCAUCGUCGCCUUUGCGGCUGAGCCCAGGAAACGGCCCGUCUUCACGGGCAUCAUUGGCACCUCGUACGGCGUUGCGGCCGUCGUCGGCCCCAUUCUUGGCGGCGCCUUCACCGACCGCGUCACCUGGCGGUGGUGUUUCUACAUCAACCUCCCGAUCGGCGGCUUCUCGGCCUUCAUCAUUGCCUUCUUCUUCCACGCCCCCAAGGGCGCCAAGCCGAAAGAGGCGACACUCAAGGAAAAGAUCCUCCAAAUGGACCUCCUAGGCACUGCCCUGGUCAUGGGCGGCGUCAUUGCCUACAUUCUCGCCCUCCAGUACGGCGGGCAGACGAUGGACUGGCACGACCCGACCGUCAUCUGCCUGUUGAUCGGGUUCGUGGCCAUCUUCGCCGCGUUCGCUGCGUGGGAAUACUACAACGGCGAGCGGGCCAUGAUUGUACCCCGGCUGUUUUGCACCCCAGGCGUCUGGGUCGGGUCCGUGUACCUGUUCCUCUACGCGGGCUCCUACUUCAUCACCAUCUACUACCUGCCCAUCUACUUCCAGAGCAUUGGCGACUCAAGCCCAACCGAGUCGGGCGUGCAGAACCUGCCACUGAUCCUCUCGGUGACAGUCGCAACCAUUGUCGCCGGGGCGACCGCGUCAACGACACGCAUCGCCGCCUCGAUUGCCGUGGUCUCCGCCGUCGUCGCCACCGUGGCCUCGGGUCUUCUCUACACCCUCGACGUCCAGAUCCAGACAUGGAAAUGGGUGGGCUACCAGAUCCUGGGCGGCAUCGCCUGGGGCGCCUCAUUCCAAAUGCCCAUCAUCAUCGGGCAGGCAACGGCCAAACCGGAAGAUCUCUCCUCCGUGACGGCCAUCAUCCUCUUCUUUCAAACAGUAGGCGGCGCCUUCUGGGUCUCGGCCGCGCAAUCCGCCUUUGUCAACUCGCUCAUGUCCCGCCUCGCAACCUCGGCGCCCGACGUCAACCCGCUGCUGCUGCUCGGCACGGGCGCGACCCAGAUCCGCACCGUCUUUCCCGCCGAGCAGGUCCCGGGGAUCCUGGUGGCCUACAUGGCGGGCAUCAAGACGGCGCUGGCCAUUGCCACGGGCGCGUGCGGCCUGGCGUUUGUGGCGUCCCUGUUUAACAAUUUCAGGCGGCUCAGGCAUUCGAUGGUGAAAGCAACUGGGGGUGUUGCAUGA